CAGCCGGAGCCGCAGCCGCAGCCGCCGCCGCCGCCGCCGCCGGAGCCCGGCUCUAUGAUGAAGUUCAAGCCCAACCAGACGCGGACGUACGACCGCGAGGGCUUCAAGAAGCGGGCGGCGUGCCUGUGCUUCCGCAGCGAGCAGGAGGACGAGGUGUUGCUGGUGAGUAGCAGUCGGUACCCAGACCAGUGGAUUGUCCCAGGAGGGGGAAUGGAGCCUGAAGAGGAGCCUGGCGGUGCUGCUGUGAGGGAAGUUUAUGAAGAGGCUGGAGUCAAAGGAAAAUUAGGAAGACUCCUUGGCAUAUUUGAGCAGAAUCAAGACCGAAAGCACAGAACAUAUGUUUAUGUUCUUACAGUCACUGAAAUAUUAGAAGAUUGGGAAGACUCUGUUAAUAUAGGAAGGAAGAGAGAGUGGUUCAAAGUAGAAGAUGCCAUCAAAGUUCUCCAGUGUCAUAAACCUGUCCAUGCAGAAUAUCUGGAAAAACUGAAGCUGGGCUGUUCUCCAGCCAAUGGAAACUCCACAGUUGCCUCCCUUCCAGAUAACAAUGCUUUGUUUGUGACUGCUGCACAGACCUCUGGGGUGCCGUCUAGUGUAAGAUAGAGAGAAUGGGGAACCCUCCCCUCCCAGGUCCUGUCACUUUCCUUGUCCCACGUCUGAAAGCUGCUGGCAGACCUUCUGAAUUUGCCAUGCAGGGAUUUCAGUUUGCAUGUAUUUUUAAGCAACAAGACUGUAAAAAUAGUGUAAGAAGCCAAAGCCAUGUGGAAUUUUUUUAAUGCCUUAAUUGCACCCUCUAUAUUAUUUGGGGUUUUUUUUUGAGCAUUUUUCACUUUUUGUCCACUUGACAUCAGUCUAUGGUUUAUUUCACCAGAUUGAAUUGCUUGUGGGUAUAUAUUCUCCUUAAUUUCUCAUUCACAGCAUCAACAAAUCUUUCUGUAGUGAGAAUUCAUAAGAUAUUCUUGGUAUUAAAGACAUUUCCAUCCCAAAACUUGGUUUUAAGAUUAGUCAGUUUGUGUACUGCAGAUUCAGGCUACUUUUUGUAUGGUCCAAUUGCUUUGAAAAGAGCUGCUUUUUUUAGGAGCUGUUGACUGAAUGUUCACAAAUGGUAUUAUGUCACUGUGAACCUAGUAUGGCUAUCUCCCCUAAAAUGUAUUUGUAAUUCAACAUGAUAUAUAACUAUAGAGUUGGUAAUUUUUAGGAAAAUAUUGCUAGCAAAAUGCAUGUAGUAACUACAUCUCAUCCUGAAAAUUAUUCAUGCAAUUAUUUUGCAUGCUGUUUGUUGCCAAUUCCUGUUUAAAUUCCUUUUAUGUGGCUGGAAUACCUUAGGACCCCAUGGCCCUCAGUAUAAAUUGCACUUAAAAUGCAUUUUCAGUUUUCUAAUUUGGUGACACUUUUAAGUUUUUUUUUUAACCAGUAACAGAAUUGGACUGUAGCCUUGGGAUGGCUGCAUUACAGCUGACUAGAAGAGGCCUUCCUGUUCAGCUGCUAGAAGCCUGAGAUUUGAAUGUCUCCUGUCUUCUAGGGGGUCAGUGCUGGGUGCCACCUGACUGACAGCACUGACACGCGCUGAGGGUUGUUUCAUGUUACACUUGCCUCUACACAUACACAGAAUUGACCGUCACAUGGAAAGUAUCUAGGUACCUGGUCUAAAACUCACACUCUUUAAUGAGGUCACAAACGAAAGGGGUGGGGGAAAUCCCUUGAAAUUGCAGGGUGAGGAGAGUGAAAGAUCAUUUUUUAUGUAGACAUUGUUAGCUUUUUGUAAAUACCACUUUACCUGGCAAGCAUAAAGUAGAAAGGUAGGUAAAGACAUUUGUUCUGUAGGUUGUUAAAGUAUAAUUGCUGCUAAAAAUAGUCCUUAAACUUAAGGAAAAUUGGUGCCAUUUUGAAAAUGAGAUCUUGUGCCAUAAAUGCAGCUGAACUAAAUAAAAACAUUAGUCCACAAACUAAUGCUGUCAAAGGAAUGAGUAUAUGUUAAAUUAUGUUGUAUAAUCAACCAUGGCCAUCCAGAAUUUUUAUAUUUUUCUUUGUACAGAGGUUAUGUAUUCUGGAUGUUUUUUAGAAAAGGAAACAUUUUAAGACCUACAAAUUGACUUUACCAGUCACCAGUGGGCUAAUUAUUUUCUCCGUAAUCCCUGAAAUUUCUCUAAAUUACAUACUUAACAUAGAAACUGGAUUGUUUUGUAUAUAAGACUGCUUCCACCUUAAAUGCUUUCACAAGUAUGUAGUUUCUUGUACAUGAUAUUCUUAGAGAUAUUAGUGCAUGAACUCAUUUUAUAAACUCUCAGACUGUAUUGUCAUGUAAAAUAUGUACAGUAUUAAUGUCAACCAUCUCUUAAAAGCUAGCCUAUAAAUAUUGUUGUAUAAUUUCUCUGGUCAGAAACAUUUGGACUAAGUAGUGCCACUUGGGUCAGGUUUUCUUCAGUGCCAUUUAGCAGACAGUCUUAGUCUAUGCAACUAGCAGAAUGUCACUUUCAAACUUCACAUCAGGGGUUCUUUACUGUUGUGGAGCCCAGUAUAUAGCAAAAUUAGUGGGACAGCCCUAAGGACAGUCAUUCUUAAAGAAAGCCAACAACAUUUCAGGCUAAGUAGUUGGAUCUACUACAUAAUGUCUACUAUCUCAACCCUCCAAAGUUUGUAGUGUUGAGACUGUUGUUUGUGCUUAUUUGUGAGGUAGGUGAAUAAAAUUGGGCAGCUAAAAUUUCAAGUUCCAUGUGCCUAAGAAAAAAACAGAAAACAAGUUAUUGUAAAUUGACCCUGUCUGUGGUUUUUGUAAAGACAUUGUAAAAAAACAAGCACAUGCCAUCCAGUUCUUACCAAACAUUGUUGUAUAAAUCAGAAAAGCUGAAGAGAAAUGAUUGUUGUACACACUGAAUUGCUUUGCAUGGUCUCAUUUGAGAUGGUCUCAUUCUAACUGAUGUAAGAAUCUUGACUUUUUUACCUUUGGAAACAUCAAAUAAAAAUGGAAACAUGA